AGUGAAACCACUCGAGAGUUCAGCUUGCCUCACUGAUAAACGGCGCAGAAUGGAAAGAACACCCUGGUAGCUUGCUGUGGAUAUUCUAUAUUUAGCAGAGAUACUAUAUGGUAUUAAUACUGUAAGCACAAGAAUAACCCAGUGCGUGUUUCUUUCAUUAGGGUUCCCAAAUCAUUGUAUUUUAUCUGCAAAAUACCAGUAACCUGGGUCCAUGUGCUGUUCUGUCCUACGGUGUCUGGAAUGUCUGAAAACGACUUUUUAAAAGAAAACGACUUGCUCCACGAGUGUGAGAGCAUCGAGGACGAUGAUAAAAGGUUAAAGAGAAGAGAGAAGAACAGAGUAGCUGCACAGAGAAGUCGCAAAAAGCAAACGCAGAAAGCAGACAAACUCCACGAGGAAUAUAAGUGCCUUGAGUAUGAGAACUGCUCCCUGAGAAAAGAUGUGGAGAAGCUAACCGACGAGCUGAGGCGUUUGACUGAGGUGUUAAAAUCCCAUGAGUCAAUAUGUCCGUUAAUACACUGUGCCAUGAACUUAAUGUCUGUGCCCCGGCCAGAAGUCAUAAUGCCAAGAUAGAGACAAGUUGUCUGUUUUGUUUCACCCAAAUGCAGGAACUUUUCAAGUGAAGAGGUGAAGAUAGUUUCAGCCUCCUCAGCACAAAUGCUACAUUUCCAUCUGCACAAUGAUACUAGUCUCUAAAAAACUCUCCUUGUUGCAACUGGGGUGCCGCCAGUUCCAUCUGCAGUCUACAAUCCAAUCUGCAACUGGACGUUAAAAGUCAAAAGAUCACCUGUAUGUAUAACAUUUGUGUGUAAUUUCUAUUUGUAAGAUAAUUCAAUAUUCACCUUCCUCAUGUUCUGCCUACAUGUAUUUUUUCCUGCAGUACGAGAUUUAUAACCUUAGGUAACUUCCAUCAGUGCGAGCUGAGAUUGAGUUCUGCCAGCCCACAAUCCUAACAGGGUCACACAGAGUGCCAAUUUAAAUCAAUUUGCAAGUCUGCAAAUUGAGCAAGUCUGGUUUAAAGUUGCUUUUAACCUAGCAGCAGGUGGAAACGUGGCAAAAGUCAUUACAUUUAAAGUGUUUCUUGGUUUGGAAGCCACAGCUAUUCCAUAAUCAUUCAUUUUUGCAUCCAGAUCUUUUGUAGAACCGUCAGAACCCUUGUUAUGUUUUACAUAUUAUGUUCCAGCUAGAUAGCACUGCUGAAUGGGCAAAAUAUAUCAAGUUAUUUGUACCAAAAUGCAGCUGUUUAAGUUCUCUUUUGAACCAUGCUUUAAAAAAUACCAAAAAUAUAAUUUAUUAGGCAUUGAGAGUUCAAUCGGCAUUUGUGCUUGAUCAGUCCAUCUAGGUGUUUGGUCAUUUAAAGCCAAAGAAAACAGUAAAGUUUACCAAGAAAAAAAAAUCAUCAUUACUUCGAACUGAAAAAUGACUGGCUUAUUCUUAAUUUGUGCGGUUGAAUAUACAUCACAUUCUCACAUAGUAUUGAGUUAUUUUACUAUGAAGAAGACAGUACAUUGGUGCUCCAUGUUUCAACACAAUGUCCCUGGUGGUUUCAGUUAUGUUUUGUGUUUAUAACUGAUAAAAUAAAUCAGGUUUAUUUGUUUUGUUCCCUCUUCAUUUAAAAUGAUUUAAUUUUAUAGAACCAAAAAGUAUAGGCAUAUUCUGAGUGGUUUCAUCUGAGGUAUGUUCAUGAGCUUAACAACAGCGCCUUAUUUGAUUGGCUGUAAGGUUUACCUUGCCCUGAGUUUGUUAGAGCAAUGAUGCUGAUGUUGCCAUCUACUGAGAGCUGUAGGAAGUAUAUUUCACACCUUUGCAUACAACAGAUAUAAUGUGUUUAUUGUCGGGUUUAUUGAUGGGGGUGGGAGGAUUGUUUGCACUAGGUACACUGGGUAUUUCUAAAUUAAGUUUUAUUUCUGUAUGAAUGUGACGCAGUAACUGCUUUGUGUAAUAUUUAUCAGAUGUUCAGUGUUUAUGAGCCAUAAUUACAUUUUAAAUGUUUACUUUAAAUAAAGAGGGUCUAUAUUAUUGAUCUAAACAACUCUUUAAACAUAUAUCAAUCUCACUGGUUUUACUUGUUUUCUUCCAUGAUUAGGCAGGUUUGCGAGUUUUAAAAUUGUCCACUGUUUUGAUCAUGCAUUCACUAAAAUGUUAUAUGAUGUGCAGUUAAACCUAAAUAAGGGCCAUUUGUCUAUUGUGACUAGGGAUGAGCCUCACAUGCUGAAUAUAUAGAUCUCAUGUUACCCAGAGUUUUUAGACCCUAGUGGUUGUUAUAAGUAGGCUUCACUGUACUUCAAAAGGUAGUAUUAAACUGUCAACUGCCACAAAAUAAUUAUAUCAACUGCCACUAUUUAAUGAAUGUUAUUUUUUUUCUUACUGUAAUCUAUAGUAGAUUCAAGGCCAGUGAUUUGUAAUCUGUAUUUGAAUUAAAUAUUUUGAGAAAAAAAGGUUAUUGUGUCGAUUGAGUGUUUCAUUACAGCUUUACUUUUUUUAACGAAUCAAAUAAAUGUUGAAAGACUAACAGAUGCCUUCUCAAUGUCUUGUUUAUUGGUCUUCAGUCAGAAAGGAAAAUGACAAAAGUCAGUUCACCAUUUAGACCAAUCAGUGACAGGUAGAAGGGGGCUUUUGAAAAGAGAAAGUGCCUGAGUCUAUGUGAAAAAAGGCAGUAACUCCUCACACACAUUCCCACAUACAACAGUGUUGACAUAUCAAUCCCAGGCGUGGGGCACUGCUGCUGUACCCUUGAGCAAGGUACUUUACCUAGGUUGCUCCAGUGAAAACCCAACUGUAUAAAUGGG